UUAGAAAGUCCAGCCUGGUUCUCAGUGGAGCAAGCAGAGGCUUGUAGAUGGGGGUGCAGCAAGUAUCAGAAAGUCAGGGUGUGCUCUGUUACCAGCUGGGCUGCUUGCCAGGCGGAGGGAAGCUUGGUGUCUCUGAAUGAUCUCCCUUGAGAUUUCCAUGAGGUGGGCUCAUUGCCUCCACAUCGAGACCUUCUCCUCAAGCAUUCCCACUCACAGCCAGCUCUCCUGCACCGUUCUUGUCACUCGGGGACAGGCAAGCUCAUGACUGUUGUAUCUGGAACUGCCAGGUCUUCAUAUCAGAGUAAUGAUGUUAACCUUAAAGGACUCACAUUAAGCAGAGCACAUGGCCUUAAGCCUAUAGAGAUGUGCAGAGCCUUGUUAGAGAGACUGAUGUAAGAUAACAGUGAGGCAACAUGCCCAGCACUUUGUGUCUUCCCCUGUUGAAGACUCACAGGAUCCAGAAUGGGUAAUGGCUGGGAAACUGAGGCACAGAGCUAUUGGGAAUGUUGUUUUAGUGUUGCAGAGUUGGCUACGAGCUGAACCCGUGUUCAGACCCAGGGAGUGUGCCUCAAAUGUCUGUGGGAUUACUGCCAAUGAAUACCUCCUCAUGGUUUGGGUAUACUUUUCCCAGCAAUCUUUAUCCAUCUACACAAAGAUUCUUGCCACUUUUUGUUUAACUGAGUGCCUUAUGAAUGCUAGGCAAGCAUUCUACCACUGAUUUGCAUCAUAGGCAAGCAUUCUACUGAGUUACAUCAUAGUUAAGCAUUCUACUGAGUUACAUCAUAGACAAGCAUUCUACCACUGAGUUACAUCAUAGACAAGCGUUCUACCAGUGAGUUACAUCAUAGGCAAGCAUUCUACUGAGUUACAUCAUAGUUAAGCAUUCUACCACUGAGUUACAUCAUAGGCAAGCAUUCUACCACUGAGUUACAUCAUAGGCAAGCAUUCUACCACUGAGUUACAUCAUGGGCAAGCAUUCUACCACUGAGUUACAUCAUGGGCAAGCAUUCUACCACUGAGUUACAUCAUAGGCAAGCAUUCUACCACUGAGUUACAUCAUGGACAAGUGUUCUACCACUGAAUAUCAUCACCUUCCCUCCCUCUGUGCCUCCUUUCCUCCCUCCCUUCCUUUCUCAUUGUGAUGAGCUGUUUUCCAUGUUGGUCUCUUGGGCUCAGCAGAAGUAUGUGGAUUAUAUGAUGCGUGAGUUCCAGGGCAAGGAGGAGAUGAGGAAGAGCCAAUACCGCCUGCGCUUCCACCUUCCCAUGACCGUCAUCCCCCUGCACCAUGGGAGCGAGGUUGUGAAAGUGGCGUUUUUAACCCAAGGGUUCAAAAAGAUAGGCUGUUUCCUGACUGUCACCAAAGAUGGGAUCCUGCAGUUCUGGUCUGAGACCUUCUCAAUGAUGGAUUCUUUCCGGCUUACUCAGACCAAGCAGUUUGGCCACCAGCAGAUGUGGGUUGUCGACGUGGCAUAUCUGCACAACAUGAACCUCAUCGCUGUUGCCUCGACUGAGCUGAAGAUAGAGUUCUUUGAUAUCAGUGGCUACAAAUGCAUCCGGGCCUUCACCUUUAUUGAUCUAGAUAGCUGUGCCAUGGCCAUGCACUAUUGGACUGACUAUCACAAGGCUGUGUUCUGCUUUGGGGACACCAAGGGCAAUGUCGUCAUCUUCAUCUCGGACAACGUGGUUGGUGGGCUGUUCAACCCACAAAUCCUCCCCCGGACCUCCAAAUGGGAUCACUGGAUCCCUGUCUCCUUGAGGAGGCUCUUGAACAAGAAGUCCCCUCUGUAUAGAAGUUUCCGAAUGAAGGGUCUCCACCCCAACUGGUGUCAGCAGAUCAAGUACAUCCCGCAGUUGAAUGUAGUGGUCUCGUGUUCAGCCGUUGAGAAGUCCUCUCUGGUGCUGAUAAUACUGCCGCCCAAAGAUCCCGAGAGACCCAAGUUAUCAUCACUGAGUUUAAGAAAAGGAAUUCUUUGCUUUGACUACUGUCCGGACCGGAACUUUCUGGCAACUGGCGGCUAUGACCCCCACAUCCGCCUGUGGAACCCCCUGGUCUCAAAAAGGCCCGUGUGGCUGAUGAAGGGACAUCAGACAUCAGUGACACACCUCCUUGUGAGCAGCAAGAACGCCAGCAUCCUGAUCAGCAUUUCCAGGGACAAGAACGUUCGAGUGUGGGAUCUGCAGGACUAUGUAUGCCUCCAGUCUUUCUGCGGGAAGCUUUUCCCCCUGGGCAACUGCCCCAUAACCAGCGCCUACUUCCACAGAAGCAGCACGCUCAUCUGCAGCACCUACAAUAUUGGGAUCCUCAGAGGGUACUUGGAAUCCCAGGGGCCCCUGAAAACAGGGAGGAUAACGACUCACAACACACCGGUGUGCACCAUCCUCUACAGCAAGAUCUUCAAGCAGGUGGUUAGCGGUUGCCUCCAGGGCAUCGUGAGUGUGUGGGACAUCAGCACAGGCAAGAAGAGGAUGGAGUUACCCGUGUCCGGCAUCCAGGAAAGCGAGCUGACGGCCAUGUCUCUGGACGAGUCGGAGAGGUGUCUGCUCACAGGCUUGCGUGACGGCACGGUGCAGAUGUGGAAUUACAACACUGGGGAGUGCCUGCUGACCUUUCCCAACCCGGACAAAGUGGAGAUUAGUGGAAUAGUCCACAUGAACAAAGUGUACUACAUGACCGGGUGGAGUAAGAGAAUCACCAAUUUCACGUUCCAAAAGGCCACACAGACAUUCUCCUGCUACCACUGGCAAAGCUUCCACACAGAGGACAUCCUGAGCAUGGACAAGUAUCAGAACCAGUUCCUUGGGACCUCUUCCUACAAUGGGGACAUUGUUUUCUGGAAUGUCAGCACGAUGAAGCCUAUCUUGAGUUUCAAUGCCUCCAAGAGUCCCUUGCCUUUACAGCCAAAGAAGGUGAGAGAAACGGAGACAUGUGCACCCAAAUCUCCAGCCCAUCUAGACUUUGAAGUUCAAAAGUGGGCACACAAGCCCUGGAAGUCAACUGCCUCCACUGUGAAGCGAAGACUGAUGUCAGCUCCCCCAGUGAUGAAACACUGGAAGGAUACAGAGCAAGAGAGGAAUGUGGCGCAGGAGAAACAUUUCAGGAGUAACAAACCUGGAUUGUCUAAAAUGCUCUUUGAUAAGUCGACCCAUAAACCACCGUUUUACAAAGACGCUCAAAUGAGAAAGGGGGAGUUCUGGCAGAAGAUGCUGCUGCAGUCCAGCGUGUCAGUGGAGAAGAUCAUUUUUCUGCAGACCAGGCCCCGCCUGCCGCACACGGCUGCCCUGCUGAGCAGCUGCAUCGAUGGCUUCAUCUACGCCUGGUCCAUCCAUGGGAACGGGGGUCUGCUGGGAAAGUUCUCUGUGGACCCCAAAGACACUGGGUGUGUCGUGGGUGCCAUGGCCACUGAUGAAAACAACUGGAUCCUCCUCACCGGGGACAGUAAAGGAAAUAUCAAGAUCUGGGACAUCAAGGAUUACUGCUGCUUUAUUGGCCAGCAACCAUUCCACUCCAGUGGGAGCUCGAUCUCUGGUGACACGGAGAAUAAGUUCCGGCUCUUGAUUCCUAAAGAACUCCAGAUCUACUCUCAGCACCACUUGCUACAGAAGGAGAAGGAGGUUGUGGAAGGACAGACCAUUUCUCUGGUUCCCCCACCACUUCUGAUUACCUGGAAUAGCCACAUGGACAGCGUGACAGACAUCCUGUAUGUGGACUCCUUCCGGCUAGUUGUCAGUGCGAGCGAGGAUCGGGACGUCAAGGCUUGGAAAUUCUUUGGUGAAAUGAUAGGAACAUUUGGCCUGGGUCUUUGGAACAGACUACAGGAGGCUGCGGUGACCGACAAGCUGGAGCAGGCCGAAAGUUUGGAGAAGAAACCCGACUUCACUGGUGCUGCCCUCAAGCACUCCUUCCUAGAGCUGGACAAGGAACUGGCUGAAGCUCUGGUGUACCAGCGGCGUGAGCAAGCAGCACUCAUGGCCCUCCUGCACGGGAAAGCUGAGAAAGAAACUGAGGCAUGGUACAGGCUGCAGCAGAUGUCCCUGUUAUCCCCGUGGUCCAAAGAUUCUUCUAUGGAAGACAUUGAGGAGAGCUGGAAUCGAUGGGCCAAGGACAAGCAGGCAAGCAAAAUUGUGGGAGCAGCAUAUAAGCCCAAGUUGCGUGUUCGGAACCCCAAACUCCUGACCUCCAGAGCGCAGUUUAACUGGAUGAGGCAGCAGAUCUCUCCUCAGAUCUACCAAUGCCUAUCCUUUACUGACCUUAAGCCAGUCCAACAGCCUGACUUCCUGAUGCAUAAGAUCCUGGACCAAGAAGGACGGCACAUUCGCUGGGUGGCCAGUGAUAACCGGAGUGAGCUGGAGUUUUUCCGGGGUCAGAUCUUCACAGACAUCACCUCACCUGCCACCCACUCUUCCCUCUCCACUCUUUCUGUGGGGCCAUCGGCCUCCAACUGGUCUACCUCCCUGAAGCCCCAUUCAUCUGGUUCCUUCGUGAGGCCUUCAUCAGCCUCUCCAGUCCAUUCUAGCUCUUCUACAUCACCACAGCAGACCUCGGGUCUGCUCCGCAGAGGUCAGAGACCCCAAGGCCAAUUGUUAUCUCCUUCUUGCAGUAUCCGAAUCCCAGGGGAGCCACCCUCAUGUCCUCUGUGAAGUGGGGCUUCCACCUCAUGUAUUGAGGUGUUCGUUUUUCUCUCUGUUCUGAAGCAGGGGACCUAUAGGGUCUUGCACGUCCCUGGCUCACUCCCUGCCAGGCCUGGAGGAUGCAGCCCUUUCCUCCCAUACUGCUUCUGUCUGGAUAAUUCCAGCUGUCUUGUGGCUCUGCACAAUUCUGGAGAAGAAAAGAAAAUAAAUAUUCUCCUGCAUUAGA